GUCAUCUCUUUCCCUCGCAAAAUGUAAGCCAUUGAAUUGCAGAUGUCAGAAACUGCAUCCCUUCGUCUUCUCUCCAGCUUGAAGGGGAUAUCAGAUAUAUGUGUGCUUCUUCCGCAUAAUUUCUUGAAGUAGAAAACUAGAGUAUGAUGUCUAGCGGUUGUGCUUAUACAUUUCCUAACCAAUUUUCAACACUAAUACAAAAGCAGAUUUCUGGUGCUAGAGUGGAUGGUUUGCUGCAAAUUCAGUUCUUGAAGUACCAUGCUCCUAGGAAGAAAGCUAUGAAGUUUGCAGUGUCAGCUGAAAAGGUAAUUGGUAUGCCACCAGUCCACAUAACCCGUAGUCAAAGCGAGCGAUCUCUGACUAGAUCCAAUCCUGGUGAGAAGAAACUACAGAGAAGAGGAAAGAAAGAACACCAAUUAUGGAAGAAAAGAGAUUCUGCUGGGUCUGGGCAGAAGGCACUCAAUCUUGUUAGGAUUAUCUCAGGACUUCCAAAUGAGAAGAAUGCUGUUUAUGCUGCACUAGAUAAAUGGGUAGCAUGGGAAACUGAGUUUCCGGUGAUUGCAGCAGCUAAGGCCUUAAGAAUAUUAAGGAAACAAAGCCAGUGGAGACGACUAAUCCAGGUGGCCAAGUGGAUGCUGAGCAAAGGUCAAGGAGCAACUAUGGGUACCUAUGAUUUGCUUCUGCUAGCAUUUGAUAUGGAUCAGAGAGUAGAUGAGGCAGGGAUGUUAUGGAAUAUGAUCCUAAAUACACGCACCCGCUCUAUCUCAAAAUGGCUGUUUUCUAGAAUUAUUUCAUUGUAUGAUCACCAUAAUAUGCCGGAUAAGAUCAUAGAGGUAUUUGCAGACAUGGAAGAAUUGGCAGUAAAACCGGAUGAAGAUACUGUUAGAAGAAUUGCUCGAGCUUUCCACACAUUAGGUCAAUUAGACAAGCAGAAAAUGGUUCUGAAAAGGUAUCAGAGGAAAUGGAAAUAUAUUCACUUCAACGGUGAACGUGUUAGGGUGAAAACAGAUACAUGGGAUGAAUGAAGUAGUUGCGACUCCUAACACCAUCAGUGUUGAGUUUAAAGCCUUCAGGAAUAGUGAGAGUAGAUUAGUAUUGAACUUGUGAGCUUUACCUGAUGUGUUGUUCAUAUCAUACUUGGAUUUGAGUAAUAUAGUCAAACCUUUUCUAGAA